AUGACCGCCACACCUGGGCAGGCCCUGGGCUCCCUCCUGCCCACUCUUCUUCUGGGACUCACAGCUGGGCAGCCCUUCAUCUCUCUGACGGGCCCGUCUCAGAGGACAACCCCUGGAGAUUCGGUGCUUUUCAACUGCACUGCCGGCCCCUUCGGCUCCCAGGACUUCAAUGUCACCUGGUUGAAGGACAGCUAUGAACUUCCAGCCUCAGCUCAGCACCCGGUGACUGAUGAGGAAGGCAAUUACUCCAUCACCAGCAAGGCAUGGGUGACACUGGCCCAACGAGACGUCUCAUCCAAGAUCACCUGCAGCGUCGCCCACAGGACCCUGAAGGAUCCCCUACAAGCGACCAUGAAUCUCUCCCACGUGCUCCGAGUUACCCCCACCCUGAAGAUCACCACCCAGGCCUCUGGGACGCACGUCCGCGUGCAAGAGAGACAUACGCUCUGGAGCACACGUGGCAGGCCGAGGCCACGCUGGAGGGGAGUGAGUUCGCCUGCUGGAUCGUCCAGGAUGAGGAGCCCCCUGUCAAGGCCAACAUCACCCUGCGAGCUCACCCGCCCAGGCAUCCCCCUGCAGCGAUCUGAGCCCGGCACAAGCAUUCGACUGACCUACACGAUUUCUGGGUUCUCCACACGUCACGUGACUGUGACCUGGUUUAAAAACAAACACAAGCUCCCCAAGUCCCAGACCAGCGUCCGCCAUAGUGGACACACCUACAAUGUAACGAGUAGUGUGUUGGUCCCGCUGAAGAAUGAGGAUGUGUUCUCCUACGUUGUGUGCCACGUCGAGCACAAUUCGACUGUUUUUCCAGAAAACCAUCAGCCUGGACCAGUACCUCCGCGUUCCCCCUGCAGUGACAGUGUCCCAGUCUUCCACCUCCUCUGGCUUGGUGCUGGCUACCUGCCACGUGCAGAGAUUCUAUCCACAGAGUGUGCAACUCACCUGGCUGGAAGACUGCCAUAUGCUCAAAGGAACUGA